ACCCCUGCACCCCAUUUUGAGCCAGUAGGCUUCCCUGCAGCCUCCUGGUAGCAAAAACGGGCCAUGGGGGAUGCACCACACACACACACUCCUGUGCCCCAUUUUGGGCCUAGUAGGCCUCCCUGCAGCCUCCUGGUAGCAAAAACGGGCCAUGGGGGGAUGCACCGCACACACACACCCCUGUGCCCAUUUUGGGCCUAGUAGGCCCAAAACAAAGAAAGUCCAAUUUGGGCCUAGUAGGCCCAAAACAAAGAAUUUCCAUAGACACCUACCGAUAGCUUAUGAUGCCAAAGGUAUAAAAAUCUUCCAUUCUGCAAAAUUGCAAAAUGAAAGAAACUAAGUGUAUCACUCAAAGAAGAAUAAUCACACUAUCCCUUCAAACAAUGUUAUUCUGAAUGUUUAAUGAAAGAUAAAUAAUUGAAGGAGAUAGAAUAUAAGAAGCCAGAUUCCUUGCUCACUGUGACUGAGGUAUUUCCUUACCAAGAGAAGAAUUCAGAAGAAAGGAAAUAACAGGCUUCCAUCUGGAUGAUACCAUGAAAAAAGACAACCAAUCCUGUUUGCACGAGAUUGUCCUUCUAGGCUUCUCAGAUUUCCAGUCUAUGCGAGAGCUUCUCUUUUGCCUGGUUGUAAUGUUCUACUUCAUGACUUUGAUGGGCAACAGUCUGAUUUUGAUCCUCAUCAUUCUCAAUCCCACCCUUCACACCCCAAUGUACUUCUUCCUCUGGAACUUGUCCUUUUUGGAAAUUGGCUACACCUCCACCAUCAGUCCAAAGAUGCUAGUGGACAUAUUAUCAGACAACCAGACUAUAUCCUUUUGGGGCUGUGGGUGUCAAAUGUGUUUCUUCAUACUCUUUGGUCUCACUGAAUGUUGUCUUCUUUGUGUCAUGUCGUAUGACCGCUAUGUUGCCAUUUGCAAACCCUUGCAAUACCCAUAUAUCAUGAAAUACAGGAAGUGCGCUAAACUUGCUGCUGUAUCAUGGGUCAUUGGUGUUUUUGUGAGUUUGGGACAAUCUGUUUCCAUCUUCACCCUCCCUUUCUGUGGAUCAAAUAGAAUCAGCCAUUUUUUCUGUGACAUUAAGCAUGUUCUAAAAUUGGCUUCCACCGAUACCUAUAAGGAUGAACUAGCCAUUGCCAUAAUAGUUGCCCUAAUUAUCUUGACACCGCUUUUGCUCAUCCUUUUUUCCUAUAUCCUCAUCCUCUCCACUAUUUUCAACAUUCCUGGGGCCAAAAACAGGCGCAAAGCAUUUUCCACUUGUUUCUCACAUCUCACUGUGGUCUGCAUUUUCUACGGAACUGCCAUUGUUACCUACAUUCAUCCCAACUCAGAAUAUUCCAUGGACAGUAGCAGGUUCCUUGGCCUGCUCUACACAGUGGUGACCCCAAGCCUGAAUCCCCUCAUUUAUAGCUUGAGGAAUAAAGAGAUAAAAGCUGCUUUCAAGAAAUCUGUAGGCAGGAAACAGGUUUCCUUUAUGGAAUAAUCUUAGUAUAUUCAGGUAUAAUCUCUUCAAAACAAUGAGGUUAUUGUGCACAUAUUUAUGGGUUACAACAGAAUAAUAGAAUAAUAGAGUUGGAAGAGACUUUGGAAGUCUUCUAGUCCAACCCCCUGCUUAGGCAGGAUAUCCUACAUCCCUUCAGGCAAAUAGUUAUCCAGACUCUUUUUUAAAAACUUCCAGUGUUGGAGCAUUUACAAUUUCUCCUUAGUUCUAAAUUGCAUCUCUCCUUGAUUAGUUUCCACCCAUUGCUUCUUGUUCUACCCUCAGGUGCUUUGGAGAAUAGCCUGACUGACUCCCUCUUCUUUGUGGCAACCCCUGAGAUAUUGGAACACUGCUAUCAUGUUGCCCCUAGUCCUUCUUUUUCAUUAAACUAGACAUACCCAAUUCCAGCAACCGUUUUUAGCCUCCAAUCCCCUAAUCUACUUCUGAGAAUACCAGUGGUAGAUUACACCCUUUAGAGCAGAAUGAUCCAGAGGUGGGAUAGAUUUAUUCAAAGAAAUGGAGAGUACUGAAAGGUAAUCUAAGUUCCUUAUUGUAGUAGAAUUCAAAUAAAAGAUUGAUUGCCCAUCUGCCCAGAACAUCUACAAAAGGGGGGCUGCAAAAGAAUGGACAUAAAAAAAUGAUUUCAAGAAGGCAUUCUCAAAGAGAUUGAUCUUCUUUAUGUAAUAAUCCAAGAAUGUUUUCAUCCCUUAAUCAGAUUGCAGUUCUUGUGCUCAUGUUAUGGGUAAAAAUAAAAUCCAGAAGAUGCUGAGAGUAGAUGUUUCCCUUCCACCCUGCAUUACCCAGAGUUGGAGAUAAUUUAUUUCAAGAAGGGCACAACAUUCAAUUGGCAAACUGGGAGAAAUUGUAGAAACAGAACAUCAAAAUGACAAGAGCCAUACCCUAUAAAGAAAAUCUCAUAAAAAUGUUUUACAGAUGGCACUUAGCACCAGCCAGAUUAACCAAAAUAUACCCGAAUGCCUCCCCACACUGUUGGAAAUACAAAACAAAAAAGGGGACAUACUACCACGCCUGGUGGAAAUGUAUAAAGACCCAACAAUACUGGAAGGACAUAAAGGAAAUUAUUGAAGAAAUAAUAAAUCAACAAGUAAAACACACUCCAGAAUUCUUUUUAUUUGGAAUGGUAACAACACAACACAACAAAGAGACAAAAUAUCUCAUCAUACACAUUCUGACAGCAGCACGGUUACUGUUCGCGCAAAAUUGGAAAUCAGACCAAAGACAAAUUAAUCUCAAAGAUAACAGAGUGUGCCGAAAUGGAUAGAUUGACACUGGAACUCCAGGAUAAGGAAGAAAGUGAAUACUAUCUUGUGUGGCACCAGUGGUAUCAAUGGCUGGAAAAGAAAAUCAGUACAAAUAUAGAUGAAAGAAAAUAGGGUAGAAAAUUUAAAAUUGGAAAUGAAUAAAGAGGAGAUGCAAGAUUAUUUCUAAUUUAAAACACCUGAAUUGACAAUGUAUCAUUCAUAUAUUAAUUUACAAAGCAAUAUAUAUUCUGAUGAUGACCAAAACAUAUAUGUAAAAUAUGGUGUGGGUAGGUAGGUGGUGGGAAUCUGUUUGUCUUUGUAAUGUCUUCGUAUUCUUUGUAUUGUCUUUAUAUCUUUGUUUAAAAUCCAAUAAAAAAAAUGAUCCAAGUAUUUACAACAC